AUGGCUACUGCAUCCAUGGUCUCUGUUGGCACGCAUCGCCUCUUCAUAUCCAUAAGUGGACCCCCACGGUCUGUCAGGGGUCCUAUUGCCGUCGUAAUAGCCGGGGCUGGGGAUGUCUCCUCCUCAUAUGUCGCGGUCGAGAGACUAGUUGCACCCUUUUGCGGAAUUGCCUUGUUUGACCGGUCUGGCCUGGGUCGCAGCGAAGACGGGCCCCAGAGGCACACGGCCACCGUGGCUGCCACUGAAUUACACACACUGCUUAACCGGGCAGGCAUUCACCCACCAUUUAUACUUGUUGGUCACUCCUACGGCGGAAUAAUUGCGCGCGAGUACCUCCACCUAUAUCCAAGCGAUGUGGCAGGUAUGGUUCUCGCGGACGCUGCCACAGAGAGAACCUGCCAUUACUUCAAGAUACCAGACCCGAACAUCGAGGCGGUGCUGGGAUCUCUCAAGUACUCGCAGGUUACGGGGCUAAGGGACGACUCGGUUCUCUCUCGUGAUGAAUGGAGAAUGCGGGCCGCAGAUAUCUCUAGGGGUGGGGUAGCCACUCAAGCUGAAGCAGCCGCGUCUACAGAAGUAUGUGAGACUCUCAGACAGAAGGAGCAAUAUAAAAAAUGUGCUCUGGGUGCCAAACCGUUAAGUGUAAUCCGCUGCAAUAGUGCAAGGGACUACGAACGGAUCUAUGAGGCAGGCGUCGCGGCGGGAAAUGGCACGGAAGCGCAGCAAAGAGGAUUUCGAGAACUCUUGGAUAGGUGGGAUGAUAUUGACCGCUUGUUAAAGGAAGAACAGCUUCAACUGUCAUCAAGGAGUCGGCUCAGGCAUGUUCCUGACUGUGGCCAUAACCUUCAUCUCGUUCGACCAGAUAUUUUUGCGCAAGAAAUCCAGUGGGUACGGGGGGUAAUCAUGAUAGAGCCCCAACUUUAA